ACAAAAGUUAUUACGUUUAAAAAAUGCGCUUUAUUUGCACAAGAGUUGUGCACAAUUUAUACAAAUAUUUCUUUCCUGUGCCAAUUCAGCUAACAGCAUUACAUCAAACCACUUUUCAUUGCUUUUAUGUUUAUGACGCUCGGCCUGAGGAUGACCACAAUAGAUCGAAAUCGAUAGCCUAAGAAGACAAUUAAAAAAACGUGUCAAAACAACGUUUUAUUACAUACUUCAUUAACCCACACGUUUCACAUUUAACGAGAGAUGGAACACUACAUCCAAUGGAAAAUUAUAGUCCUUGAAGGAUAAGCGUGCAAUUAAACAUAUUUCUUAUUCAAUUUACUAAAACAAUACACAGUCGUGGUUAGAUUGUUUUGUUCGUUUUUUUAAUGUAUGCUUUCAAGAUAAGUUAACAAUUCAUACUUCGCAAAACCAUUGGAAACAGCAAUUUGUUUGAUGCAAUUACAUAUCCAAACAUGUGUUUUGUAUAACAAGACGGUGUAAAUUACUUACAAGGGUAAACUUGAAUCUUUUGCAAUCAACGCUACGAAACCAACAGCCAUACACACUAUUUCUGUUCAAGUGAUUCAAAAUGGGCGCCGGAUUCAAAUUGCUCAACAACUGGUUAAAGACAUGUAUACAAGGCGGUUCAUAUUCGUGGCCUACCAUUGGGAGCUCCGCAAUGAUGAGAGAUGAAGUGUGGGUUAAACGGGGGCAAAGUUGCCUCCUUUUUAGUUUUUCAAGCCAAUUUGACUCCAAAUUACACGAAACAUCCAUAGACGAGUGUAUGCCUUGUUUUGUCGACUUAACUAAAACAUUGACGACAAUGCGGACGAAUGAAAUAUCUGAUGCCAUGGAACGAUAUGCCAAAACCUUGAUCUACAACGUGCCGAGAGGAAAAAAGAUUCGUGUCAGGGCAACUGUUACCGCUUACAAACUCUUGGAAUCUGCAGAAAGACUCACGCCAGAAAAUUUACGAUUGGCACAUAUAAUAGGAUGGUGCAUUGAAAUGAUGAAUGCCGCAAUAUUAAUAGAAGAUGACAUUAUGGAUGCAUCUUUAAUGCGAAGAGGAGCGCCUUGUUGGUAUUUGGUUGAAGGUAUUGGUAUGCGCGCUUUGACUGAUGCUAGUUUGAUUGAAAAUUCGGUGUACGAUAUUUUAAAAACACAUUUUUCGAACCAAAAAUGUUACAUACAUUUAGUUGAAUUAUUCCGCCUUGUAAUGUAUUUCACUGGUCUUGGGCAAGCUUUGGAUACCUUACGGCCUGCAACUAAAAAUGGAAGGUGCGAUCUAGAUUUUUACUCCGAAGAUAAAUACAAAAAUAUUGUCAAAUAUAAAACUCAUUACUAUACCUGCGAGUUUCCGGUUAGAGUAGCUUUGUAUUUAACCGGUAAACUUAAUCACGAGGAGUUUAAACCCCACUUCGACGUUUUGUUUGAGAUGAGCUAUUUUUUUCAACUACAAAACGAUUUUUUAGAUUGUUUUGGAAAUUCUGGCAUUACGGGAAAGGAAGGGACAGAUAUACAGGAAGGGAAGUGUACCUGGCUGAUAAUGACAGCUGUGCGCAGAGCCAACGCAUCUCAAAGACGUGCUUUAUCCGAAAACUAUGGAAAACGAAACACGGAAAGCGUUCGCAUAGUUCGCAAUUUAUAUGAAGAGUUGAUGAUUCCAAAAACAUACUUUGCAUUGGAAGAUAAUGUUUCCAAUUUGAUAUACAAACGGACACGUGAGGUUUCGAACGCUUUGCCAGACUUCCUCAUAUAUAAAAUGAAGGACAUGAUGUGCAAAAAAGUUUCGAAUUAUACUGAUUAAAUUAUCCAGUUCCUAUAUCAUGGCAAAGAGGUGCCGGUUCGAUAUGCGGUCCCCCUUAUUCGAGAAGGGGAGAGAUCGACGCGACACGUGGCGGAGAAAUAUGUAACUAACCUAAACGGGAUAAAUAAUAAGCAUUAUGGCUGAAUGUACGUUAAAUUCGUCCUCUUUAAAAAAAAAUAAGAGCAAGAAUUAUUGUUGUGUGCCUCAGUGUUUCACUGGAUAUGAUACGAUACAUACAAAACACAAUUUAACCCCGUUUACACCGCCCAUUUUGUUUUGUGGUAGCGCCAUCUGUUAUCACUUCCCUUCUCGAAUAGUAUCUGAUUCGAUACGCGGUAUGGCGACCUGCUUCAGAGCAAUUGGUUCGACAUACAGUCUACCUCAGAGUUAUCUAGUUCACGUAGUAUCUAUAGUUCAAUAAGCGGUUAGCGGUGAAGUAUAAUAAUUAUUUAUUUAUUUAUAGUCAUAUCUCGACCGAUUCAAAAAAUUCAGCGUCAAGUUGGCAAUGGAGGUUUAAUUAUGAAAAUACGGCUUAAUUAGACAUUUGAAUUUUUAACUCAAUUCACAACUCGAAAUAAAUUAGUUCACGAUAAACACUAUCACCGCCAACUAUAAUGACGCUGAAUUUUUUUAGUAGCUCUUUAUAAUAAUAGGUAAGUAAGAGUUUAAAACUACGAUCAAAUUACUAAUAUAUUGAAAACAGUAACAAACUUGUCAGCUGCAUGUCUUCGUAAAAGUUUCCAUACCCAUUUCAUUACAUGAUUUCUUUUGAUAUUUCUAAACCGGUGUUUGUGUUAGGUAGUCUGGAAAUGGAGUAGACCUCAUAUCGAACCGGUACCGGCAAAGAAUAUUUAACCAUGGGUACAUUUAGAUAAUUACUAUAAGUACUGCCUAUUAUGAGUAUCAUCAAAUGAUGGAAUGAUUGACUUUAUAGUACGGUCUGUCUGACUGGAAGUCGAAAUUGAAACCCAUGGCAACUAAUAUCGCAAUGUAUAAUUAUUGCCAUAGGAUUAUAUGACCGUGCUGUCAUUAACUUAAUAGGAAUAAUUGGUUUAAUGUGAUGUGUGAGACAAUUUAAUUGUAACGUAUGUAUGUUUGAUAUUAUUUUAUGUUCAUUAUUAUGUGAUAUUGUUCAUGUUAUUAUGAUUGUUACAAAAUAGACACAAUCUUUUAUGGA